GGGCACACGCUUGGCAGGCUGCGGGCGCCAUGGGCAGAGUGAGGAGAGGCGCGAACGCUGAGCCGCGUGGGCGCCUGCAGCCCGGGGGUCCCGCAGCAGCCGUCCGCGCAGCCGUCCGGGUCGGGGGCGGCCGGCGCCCACCCGUGCGAGUCCGGAUGAGGAGCCACGCAGCGGGGAGGCGGCCGGGCGCCCGCAGGGACUCGACCCGGCUGCGGCGCAAGCGCUGGUGGCGGCGGGCCCGGGCGGCCGGCUGCAGAGAUCCGCUGGCGCCCGCGAAGCCGCCGCCGGCCGCCCCGUCCCCCAGCGAGAUGGACCUGGGCGCGCAGCGCGAGCGCUGGGAGACGUUCAGGAAGCGGCGGGGCCUCAGCUGCGAGGGCGCCGCCAAGUUCCUGCUGGACACCUUCGAGUACCCGGGGCUGGUGCACCACACCGGGGGCUGCCACUGCGGCGCCGUGCGCUUCGCCGUCUGGGCGCCCGCGGACCUGCGCGUGGUGGAUUGCAGCUGCCGCCUGUGCAGGAAGAAGCAGCACCGGCACUUCCUCGUUCCGGCCGCGCGCUUCACGCUCCUGCUGGGCGCCGACAGCCUGGUGUCCUACCGCUGCCACACGCACCCGGCGCUGCACAGCUUCUGCAGCAGGUGCGGGGUGCAGAGUUUCCACGCAUCGGUGUCUGAGCCCGGCGUCUACGGCGUCGCCCCGCACUGCCUGGACCCAGGCACGGUGCGCAGCGUGGUCAUCGAGGAGGGGGACGGCGGCGACUGGGGCGAGGAAGCCGCCAAGGAGCACGAGACCCUCCCGAGCGCGACCGGCCAGUGA